AUUGUUAUGAGUGGGUAACGUUGCAUUGCGGGAAUGUCUUAAAAUGUUUAAGAACAAAUAAUUGCAACUGUAUGAAAAUUUGCUAUUAUUACUAUUUACUUGAAAUUGGACAUCUACUAUGAAGUGAAUCUAAAAUACUAUUGAUUAUGCACAAGUUAGAAAUUUUACAUUCUAAAGAAGGAUUUGGAAGCACUGAAUGGAAUCGUAAAUUACGAAGGUGGUCUGAAAAGUCUCUGACCUCAAGUCAAAGAUGGCGGCACUUUUGACAAUUUCUCACAAAGUUCCGGCCAUUUUGGACGUGCAGUUUUUAGUUGACAGUCGUUUGAGUGAGUCGAUGUGAGUGAAAAUGGAAAACAUUGAGUAUCGAUCUGUAAUUAAAUUUUUGUUUUUGAAAGGCAAUACGCCUUCGCAAAUCAAAGAUGAGUUGGACUCUGUGUAUGGGGACUCUGCACCAUCAUUUGUCACAGUGAAAUUUUGGGCAGCUGAAUUUAAACGUGGCCGUAAGAGCUUGAGAGACGGUGAACGUUCGGAACGUCCAAAAAAUGCAACUACUGACGGGGACAUACCGAAUGUUCGAAAUGUCGGAUGCUCGAAACGUCGGAACCGAUCGGCUAGCUUCGGUAAACACGAAAUCAACGAUAGAACGUCCGGGGGACAUACCGAAUGUUCGAAAGGCGACAUACCGGAUGCUCGGAAUGUCAGAUGCUCGAAAGGUCGGAAUCGAUCGGCUACCUUCGGUAAACACGAAAUCAACGAUAGGACGUCCGGGGGACAUACCGAAUGUUCGAAAGGCGUCAUACCGGAUGUUCGAAAUGUCAAAUGCUUGAAAGGUCGGAAUCGAUUGGCUAGCUUCGGUAAACACGAAAUCAACGAUAGGACGUCCGGGGGACAUACCGAUUGUUCGAAAGACGACAUACCGGAUGCUCGAAAUGUCAGAUUCUCGAAAGGUCGGAACCGAUCGGCUACUUUUGGUAAACACGAAAUCAACAAUAGGACGUCCGGGGGAUAUACCGAAUGUUCGAAAGGCGACAUACCGGAUGCUCAAAAUGUCGGAAGCUCGAAAGGUAGGAACCGAUCGGCUACCUUCGGUACAGCUGUCCUAAGUGAUGGAAGUAAAAUUAAACAUCCUGUAGAAGAUGAACAUUCCUAUGCCAGUUCAUCUUGUUCAGGUUGUUUUAAUUGUUUAACAUCUGAAGUGGAAAUAAAAAAGGAACCCAAUGAGGAAGCUUCAAAUUCUGAAAUUAAAGAAAUUAAAAUGGAACUAAAUGAGCCAAUUUUACAUAGUGAAAACGACAUAAAAGUGGAGUCCGUUGAACAUUGCCAAAUUUCUCCAAAUUAUUUAUGUCAACGUUUGGAAUCUAAGGUUGACAUAAAAACUGAACCGAAAGAAGAACAUAACGAUCUUCAGAGUUACUGUAAUGAUCACUCUAAUUUAUUACAUAGUGAGAUUGACAUAAAAAUGGAUCCAAAUGAGGGGUACAGUUAAUUCACUGGAUAAAAAGGCCAAAACAGUUCAUUGUGAUAUUUCUUAUUGAUAAUAUAAUACUCUCUUGCCCAACCAAGAACUAUGAAAUUUAAUGACUUGGAAAGCUGUGACCAUUAGGAUACUUGCAUCUGGAACCAUGUGUACUUUCCACAUAAAAGAUGUAUAAAUGAUUUUUUUAAUUAAUUAUCUAGGUUAUUUACAUUUGAUUAAGAAAAUAAUUGUUAAACUACUGUUGUAUAAUGUAAAAUAAAAAUUUUGAUUUUUUUUAUUAAAGAAAAUAUUUUA